UUCAAGACGUGCCAAGACCCGCCAUCAUGUUGAUUUGCCAUUGAUUGCAGGGCAUCCGCGAUGCCCAAGAAAAGACCCAAGAAGCACCACCAGCUCGAAGCACCGCCUGAGACGGAUCUGAACGAACUCCGCGAGGCCUUGUCCUCGAAGGUCUCGAGGACUUCGACGAGCUCGAGUGCGAAGCUGGGCGUGAGACAGAAAGCCAAAGGCCAGUCGACGGCACCACCGCAGUCUGUCAAGAAGGGCAGCUUCGACGGUGCCAAGCUGGCCUUGGAAUUGUUGGAGGCGUCCACGACACAGCUCCUGCGACGGAAAGGCUGGUUUCGGGACGUUCGUUUGAGACGUUCCGCGGAUGCGUUUCUGCGCAGCAGCAAGCUUUUUCAGAAGGCUUCAGCCAGUCAGUCAGCCCAGACGCUACUUGAAAAGCCUUCGGUGGCUGAGCUGGCCGCAUACGAGGAGGUCAGAGAUCAGCCCCGAAAAAGCUUGGGGAGCUGCCUUUUUUCAUGGAAAGUGGAGUGAAAAGCACCUGGUUUUGGUCUUCGGACCCUUUGGAUUUCCACGACCCUUCUGAAAUCGGGACAAACUGGCCGGAUUUCCACGUCACCGUUUUCUCUUUCCAGGUAGUGUACAUGCAUGUGGUACUGUUAUAGUUUGUCUCAAGACAUUUCAAGACAAAGUUCCCAGAUUGAUGUUUAAGGCUAGCAGCAGAAGAAGCACAUCUUAUCCAGUGAAAAUCCCAAAGGGGUGAAAGGAGAUGAGGAUGGAGGGCGAUGGAGGGUACGUCUUCGAACAUCUUCGAGCCUACCACGACCGAACUCGGGCACUCUGAGCGCUUCUGGAGGAGCUCCGUGUGCACCUCGAGGGCUUGAGGAAGAAGCUUGGUGCUGUUCCCAUGAACGAAAGCCGCGAGAUCAGUUUGAAGUCCAGCGGACCGGGGCAAGCCAUCGGAGCGAAGCUGAAGGGCCUCAAGAAAAGGGCUGUUGAGCUCGAGAAGAAGCCACGCUCGGUCAUCAAAGGUGCUGUGCGGAAGCAGCGGAAGCCGAAGAAGCUCAAGGGUUCUGGCCCUGAAGAUGCGCAGUGAGGCUGCGACGGAUGACCAUCUCCACCUCCACCGUGCCGACAGCGGCAGAAAUGACGGAAGGAUCGAUCUGCCAGCGGUGAAAUCAGACAUG